AUGGACACGAUGCGGGGCGCGCUGGAGCGGGCCAAGAUGCUGGUGGGCAUGGAGGUCGACGAGGAGUCGGCGCUGCCGCCGCCCGAGGAGCAGUCCUUCUUCGACGACAUCAAUCGCCACUGCACCCUCAACACCACCCAGGCAAGCACGGAUCCCUCAGCCCACCCUUUGUCUCCGCGCAGAUCUGGCGGCGGAUCUCGCUUUGCGGCUCUUUUCCUGCUCCGGUAUCGGCACCGGAACUUCGGAGCAAGUCGCGCUGCCGGACUGACGUGCACCUUCUUGUCAAUGCUUGUCUUCUUCAAUCCAGUGAAAUUUGGGGUAACAUUCACCCUUGGCAAUUUGAUGGCCCUUGGAAGUACAGCAUUUCUCAUAGGCCCCAAAAGACAGUUUGAUAUGAUGCUUGAUUCUGUGCGAAUAUAUGCCACUGCGAUAUACAUUGCAAGCAUCAUAAUUGCUCUAUUCUGUGCUCUCUAUGUUCACAGCAAGCUGUUGACUCUACUGGCCAUCAUUUUGGAAUUUGGUGCCCUUGUUUGGUACAGUCUUAGCUACAUACCUUUCGCAAGAGAAGUUACCAUUGUGGAGAAGCCCUCUAAGAACACCUGCCACACCUCAGGCUCUACUUCAUCGACUUUAUCUGGACCUUAUGUUUAUGCAGAUCUCGUGGACAGCCUGCUUCAUGAAAUCAUUGUUCUCAUCAACUCAUUCCAGGACUUCCUUGCUUUUAGUGGCACCUGCCACUCUUGGCGUGCAGCAGUCUCUUCCUUCCCCUCUGUGUAUGCUUUCAACUUCCCACCUCUCCACCUUGAACCAGAUGAUCCUUAUGUCCCUCCAUAUAUUAGAGGUAUCAAACCCCUCUGUUUGUCUAAUUGCAAAUGGCAGCUCAGUGACCUUACCAAGAAAAACCUAUCCCUUAAAUGUUCAGCGCCUCAAAACACUCCAAAUGAAAUGCACUAUCUGGGCUGCUCACAUGGGUAUCUUAUCUUUACAUGUGAGGAGCACUGCCUCCUCGUUGAUGCAUACACUGGUGCCAAGGUGAAAGCACCCGAAUUACCAUGCAACAACAAUCUUGGUUACUCUUCUGGCAUUGGCGUCCUUACGGCCCCAUUCAGUUCACCCAACUCGCGCCUCCUCCUUUUCUCUAGGGCCUCCAUGUUUGAGUGGCAGGUUGGAACAAACGCCUGGUCAGAGCAUCCUCUUCAUCUUGACCAUGAACGCAUCUAUCAGGUUGUGUUCUUCAAGUGCCUGCCUCUUACCCCAUGGUUGGUGGUCUGUGGUGACAUGCUUCUCAUGGUUAAGCUCGCAAUUAAUCGUAGUUCUCUUCCCUCACUUAGCAGCCACAUUAGAUUUUUUGAGGUCUUUCGCCUUGACUUCUCAGUGAAGCCAGCCAAGUUGGUACAGAUGGAGAAGCUGGAAAACCAUGCGCUGUUUCUUAGCCUGGAUAGGAGGAACCCUGCAUUUUCUUGGGUUAACCCCGAGAGAUGGGGAGGGAAGAGUAACUGCGUUUACGUUGCCAGGCUAUUUGAUGAUGCUGAUCCUGAAGAGGCUUGGACGGCGCUGGAGGUUGGUCAGUCAGUGCCGCACGGCCACAUAGUUGACUCCAUGAUGUAUGGUAUUGAUUUCUCACCGGACUACAGUCAAAUAGGCAGCCUCUGGUUGUUCCCCAGUCUGGUUUAUGGCGCUAGCCAGUGA